AAUUCAGUUUAGAAGGAAAAGUACAGUCAUUGCAGAAUCAAGUCCAAAAAGAAGAGCAUAUUCGCCUGAAGAAAGGAGAUGACUGGAUUGUAUGAGAAGCUGAUACUGGUGGCAGCAGGGUAUCUGGCCUUGGUGAGGUCAUCCCCAGUGGUGGGACCGGAACCCAUCCGAUGUGCCCCCUGCACGCAGGAGAAACUGAGCAACUGUCCUUCCAUCCCAGCAGACUGUCAGCAGGUGCUAAGGGAGCCCGGCUGCGGCUGCUGCAUGGCCUGCGCUCUGGAGAAAGGAGCAUCCUGUGGGGUUCACACAGCCCACUGCGGAGAGGGUCUCCGCUGCACUCCCAGGCCCGGCGAGGCCAGACCGCUCCAUGCUUUGACCAGAGGACAGGGGGUCUGCACUGAAGAUCUGAGCCAAGAGGAAGUUGAUGGGUUGACCGACUAUGGCUCCCUGCAUCUGUACCUCAACAUACCUGCUGACCACCAAGACACUGGUGAGGGCCAGGAGAGUAUCAAGGCCAAGCUCAAUGCCAUCCGCAACAAACUGGUACAACAGGGUCCCUGUCACAUCGAACUGCGUGCAGCACUGGACACGAUAACCAGCUCUCAACAGAAACUGGGAGAGAAGUUCACGACUUUCUACCUCCCCAACUGUGACAAGCACGGCUUCUACAAGGCCAAGCAGUGUGAGUCAUCCUUGGUUGGACCGCCUGCCCGCUGCUGGUGUGUCUCUUCCUGGAAUGGGAAGAAGAUCCCAGGUUCAAGCGACCUGCUUGGUGACUCAGAAUGUCAUCAAGAAGUCACUCACUGAAGGAUGAACUGACUCAUUAAAACUCUUACACAGAGAGAGAGAGAGAGAGAGAGAGAGAGAGAGAGAAGCAAAUUUAUUUUCUAACUUAAAAUGAGAAAGUAGUGUGAGACAAUAAUGAGACAUCCUGUCUUAGAGGGGGAAAUUUCCUCUCAUUUUAUUUACAUGAUGUGUGUAUCUAUCAACUUAUUUAUUCAGAGUUGUAUAUUCUUAGAGCAAUAACCAUUUGUCAUUUUUAGAUUUUUUAUAUGUUUGCCUAUGUUUUGCGAUUGUAAAUACGGCAACACUGUAUACAUUUGUGUUUCUGACUAAAUAACUCCUUUGCUCAAAACCACAAGUUCACAGCUCUGCCAAGCCCUCUUCAGGAUCCGUUUUUUUUUCUUUUUUCUUUUAAUUCAUUCAAAACUGGAGCUGCGCACGGCACGAAACGACACAGCCGCUCAUUCAUUCAACAUGUUGACAUUGUCUGAAUGUAUCUCCAUUCGCGUUUCCUCAAUGGGUAUUGGGGGAAAUACUUAAAGUGCCACAAGUAUGUGCACGGUGGCCAAGCACAAACAUAUCAGAACUCAUCCAAGCCACAGUGAGGUUUGGGAUGGGUUGUUCUGCAUUUGUCUACCUCUACUGGUCUCUGCAGAUCCACAGGUUUAGCAGAGGAUUGCUGAGAGCUCUUCUCAAUGUCACUUUUCUCACAUUAGGGACUUUUAUUUGUCUUUCUUUUGACCGAUCCUUGCAUAUAUUCGCGUAUUUAUUAUGACUCACUCGUGUUCGAGCUUUUGUUAGCUUCUGAACUCGUGCGGUGAACCUAAUUGCUUGUGAAUGCUCUGUAUCAGGAAUGCUGCUAUUCCGUUAUUUGUUUAUGUUGAAAGAAUGUACAUGUGCCAAUUCCGUGGACGUGCAUCCAAUUAAAAUGUUAUUUCACUAUGAUGG